AUGGGCGACCCACUUAUAAGUCGAGUCCUACAAGCGUGCUGUUUACUGUUCGCCGUCUUUCAAGCAGUCCACGCUGCUCAACGCGAUUCACCGCUCUCAACCGACCAUGGCGACAACGUGACUCGUCGCAUGGCCCUGGUGGGUCGACUACCUCGUUCGGCAGCUCCCCUAGCCGCGCCUCUAGGCUCGGGCUCCUGGUCCGUCAAGGGCAACCAGUUCGUUGACGCGUACGGCCGCGUGGUGCGCUUCUCGGGGCUGAUGUGGUCGGGAUUCGAGUCCGACGUGGCGGUUGUGCAGGGGCUGUGGGCGCGCAGCUACCAGUCGCAUCUCGACCAGAUGCGCAAGCUCGGAUUCAACGCCAUCCGCCUGCCCUUCGCGGGAGACGCGCUCGAGCCCAGCUGCUCCCCCAAGAGCAUCGACUACGGCAAGAACCCCGAUCUGCAGGGACUCAAUUCGCUCCAAGUGAUGGAUAAGAUCAUUGCGGCGGCGGGCCAGCGAGGCAUGAAGAUUAUCUUGGAUUACCACCAACACCACCUGCUGCUGAAUCUUCCCACGGAGGGCCUGUGGUAUGACCCCACCACGCCCCCGAGGAAGUGGCUGCAGCGAUGGAUCAUGCUCGCGAAACGGUACCGUGGUAACCCGACGGUCAUCGGCGCGGAUCUGCUGAACGAGCCGCACUUCAAUGGGAACACCGCUCCGUUCCCCUCGCCGUACUGGGACGUUGAGGGCAAAUACGAGAAUCCGCCGCUCAACUUCCGCACCGCCACCAAGAUUGUGGCGGCGGCGAUUCAGCGCGUGAAUCCGGACUGGAUCAUCUUCCUGGAGGGCAUGCACAACGACUACUGGUGGGGCGGCAACUGCCGCGUGCUCAUGAACGCGCCGCUAAAGCUCACCGUGCCCAACAAGCUCGCAUACACCGCUCACGAGUACGGCCCCUUCGUCUACUUCCAAAAGUUCUUCAAUAAGUCCGUCACGCCUGACUUUCCGAAGAAUCUUCCCAAGCUGUACAACCACCACUGGGGUUUCAUUCAAAAGAAGGGGUACGCGCCGGUGUGGGUGGGUGAGUUUGGGUCGAAGCUGCCGCCUCCGGAUUCGGAGCUGAACCGGGUGGAGCGGACGGUGUUCUUCACGCUCAUCAAGUACAUGAAGGCGCUCAAGGUGUCGUGGACGUUCGCGUUCUGGGGCCCGCUUAGCAAGGACACUGGGGGGAUUCUUAACGACGACUGGUUCACUCUCUUAUUGUCGGCGAUGGAGGUUGGCCCUCGAGUUGGAGCCAGGCACAUGCCGGCGAGCAAGCCCACGCUGCUCCUGGAUCUGCGCCUCACCAACGCGUCGAACGACAUGCAACCGACGCGCUGCUACAAUUCUUCGUGGCACGACGUCAUGUCCUUGGGCGAGGCGACGCGGGGAGGCGACCCGCUGCGCGCGGACGCGGCGGAGAAGAGUGCUGCACCGUACAGCGGGGGUUUGACGUUUGACUCGCCUUACACGAGAGGAGCUCGCGGGGAAAGUCGGCAAGCGUGGCUGGAGAUCGAGGAGGAGUGGAACGAGGAAGACGAGGACGAGGAGGGCGAGGAUGUGGCGAUGCUGGACGUCGACGCGUUUCUCGGGCGGCGGUUGACGCGCGAGCCGAGCUUCAGCAUCGAGGACGCGGCUCUGUACGGCCUGCCCGAGGAAGUGGCGACUCCGCGUCCCGCGUCAGCGCGAUUCACGGCGAGCGACAGCGAAGCAGCGGCGCUGCGGCUCGCGGUGAUGGAAGCCGAGGUCAACAUUGUCAUGGAGACGAACCGCCUCGUGUCCGCCAUCAAAUGCCAGCUCACCUCCCCCUGCUCCACCAUCCCGCCCCGCUCCCCCUCCGCCACGGGUAUCACCUCCCCCUCUCCCCCCCGCACCUCCUGGGACUUCCGCUCCUUCUCCUCCCCUGCCUCCACCCCCUCCUCCGCCUCCGCCUCUGCCCACUCCGCCCUCUCCCCCUGGCGCAGGAAAACCCCCUCAGUGUCCCCCACUGCUGGGUGGGCCUCACAGGGUUUGAGUCGCAUAGCAGCGGGGCGGCUGCAUAAGGAGCUGGCGGAGUGGCAGCGCAACCCGCCCCACGGAUUCGUGUACCACCCCAGCGACAAUUUGCAGAGAUGGAGCAUAGACGUGCAUGGGGCAGCGGGCACCCUGUGCGCGUCUCACCGCCCUUCGUUGCUCGCUGCGUCCAAUCCCCAGCGUCCUUAG